AUGAAACGAGUGGAGGAGCGUGCGCCGCUGCGUCUGCAGAGAAGGCCCGUGGUCGAGCAAGUCAAGACCAAGAGAACGGUCUGCAGGGACUAUGCGAGAUGGAGUGCAGAUGAUCUGCGCCGUGUGGUGGAUGAUCCUCAAGGAUUGGCUAGAGGUGGGGACCUAGUAAAGCCAACAGAGGGGCAGAUGACGACUGUGUCGAAGGUUGAUUCGGCUUCCGAUGAGGCUGGGACACGCCGUGACUCGGUUCGAAUGGGGGCCACUUUCGAGGAAAGUUCUCCAACUCGAAGAUAUGCGGCCAAGAUCGAAAGAUCAAAAGUUAUGGAAUAUGGCAGGCUGAUAGAAAAACUUUAUGGACAGCCUCCCCGACCAAAAAAAAAGGGCUGCCUAUUACACCGUGGAAAGGCGUCAGCCCAACGGAUCUGCAGCUAUCUCUGCGGAGUCGGUGACGACUACAGGGGUAGCUUGGGAGUCCUCCGGCGCGGCGCAAGAGGAUCGUAA